ACGACCCCGCAGCCUCCUCCCCCUAAACAUCACCCACCACUCCAAACCCCUCCAAAGUCCAAACGCGCGCCGCCUCCUUCCACACACUUCCCCUCUCUCCCUCUCCUCAGCCAUGGCUUCCUCCGCCUUGUUCCACUCCUCUCUCUCCUCCCUCUCCCCUAAUCUCCCCGCGUUUUACCAAAACUCCGCAUCCAAACGCCCCCCUACCUCCUCACUCUCCGUAUCCUGCACCUCCUCCACAUUCGAUCCCUCCCCCGCAACAAACAGCACCCCGCCCCAGCCCCCUUCCAGCAAGACCCGCCGCGCCGCCGAUGAGAACAUCCGCGAUGAGGCCCGCCGACACCGCUCCCCCCACAGCUUCUCCGCCAAGUACGUUCCGUUCAACUCGGGCUUCGACUCGCCCGAGUCCUACUCGCUCGACGAAAUCGUCUACCGCAGCCAAUCCGGCGGCCUCCUCGACGUCCAGCACGAUAUGGAUGCGCUGCGGAAGUUCGACGGCGCGUACUGGCGGAGACUCUUCGACUCCCGCGUGGGGAAGACCACGUGGCCGUACGGCUCCGGCGUCUGGUCUAAGAAGGAGUGGGUCCUGCCCGAGAUUGACGACGACGACAUCGUUUCGGCGUUCGAGGGGAACUCCAACCUCUUCUGGGCGGAGCGUUUCGGCAAACAGUUUCUGGGCAUGAACGAUCUCUGGGUCAAGCACUGCGGGAUCAGCCACACCGGCAGCUUCAAGGACCUCGGCAUGACGGUGCUAAUCAGCCAGGUCAACCGCCUCAGGAAGCUCAAUCGCCCCGUCGUCGGAGUCGGCUGCGCCUCCACCGGCGACACGUCGGCAGCUCUCUCCGCUUAUUGCGCUGCCGCAGGUAUUCCCUCGAUUGUUUUCUUACCAGCUAACAAAAUUUCAAUGGCGCAAUUGGUCCAGCCGAUUGCGAACGGCGCGUUCGUGCUGAGCAUCAACACCGAUUUCGACGGCUGCAUGAAGCUAAUCAGGGAAAUCACGGCCGAAUUGCCAAUUUACUUGGCGAAUUCGCUGAAUAGUUUGAGGCUGGAGGGGCAGAAGACGGCGGCGAUUGAGAUUUUGCAGCAAUUUGAUUGGGAAGUGCCCGAUUGGGUCAUUGUUCCCGGAGGCAAUCUAGGCAACAUCUAUGCAUUUUACAAAGGGUUCAAAAUGUGCCAGGAAUUGGGGUUAGUGGAUCGAAUUCCGCGGAUGGUUUGCGCUCAGGCAGCAAAUGCGAACCCGCUUUACUUGUAUUACAAGUCAGGGUGGAAGGAUUUCAAGCCGGUGAAGGCGAAUUCGACAUUCGCCUCGGCUAUUCAGAUUGGGGACCCUGUUUCAAUCGACAGAGCCGUGUAUGCUCUGAAGAAUUGUGAUGGGAUUGUGGAGGAAGCAAGUGAGGAGGAGCUGAUGGACGCAAUGGCGAAAGCCGACUCCACGGGUAUGUUUAUCUGCCCUCAUACAGGCGUUGCCCUAACCGCAUUGGAUAAGCUGAGGAAGAGUGGUGUGAUUGGAGCCGGUGAUCGGACUGUGGUGGUGAGUACUGCUCAUGGCCUGAAGUUUACACAGUCGAAAGUUGACUAUCACUCCAAGGCAAUCAAGGACAUGGCAUGCCGGUUCGCUAACCCGCCGACGGAGGUGAAGGCGGAAUUCGGGGAGGUUAUGGAUGUGCUCAAGGAGUAUUUGUUCAACAAGGCACCAAAGGUCUAAGUGAGAGAGGAGGUUUAGCAAGCAAGUUUUUUGUAUUAAUGUAACAAAGUAUCCCAUUUUGCUGUUGAUGCUUGGAUUUCAGCACGUUGCUUUUGGAUUAAUCGAGAGAGUUAAUUUUGUUUUUC